AUGCGCGCAGCCGCCAGCGAACACACGGCGCUGUUGCCCGUGCGAUCGGACGAUGAAGCGCGUGCUGGGGACGACGCGAAUGAAAGAUCGCACGGUGCAACACCAAACCGAUGGCGCGCAGUCGGCGUCGUCGUCUUGACGCUCGGCGCACUCACGGCGGGUGCGGUGGCGAUGGGAGGUGGUGUGAAGACGUCAUCGACGGCGAGCGCGCUCGGAAGCGGGUGGUUAUCGCUCUUGGACCGCGCGGGGAGCGGGCGAGAGGGGGCGACGCCGAGGCGGGCGUUCGAGGACGCGGCGGUUGGCGCGACAGCAAGGACUCAUAGGAAUUCCGGGACAAAGUUGAGCGCGAGAACGAAGGGUAAGGACGAGGACGAGGCAGAUUUGGGACACGCGUACAUCAACGUGUUUCCGAAGGCCGGCGCGAGGGGUCCAGUAGUGACGGGCGGUGCGCAGCGUCCGGCGCAACAGAACGGGGUGCCGCAGUACUUGCCCGUGAUCGUGAACGUAUACGAAGACGGCAACGGCAACGACGUGUACGCCAACGGUGGUGGUGGUGUGGUGAAUAUAAACGGUUCGCCGAUACACGCGCCUCGACCGCACGUUGCUCCAACACCGCCAACGACAGCGCCAACGACACAACCGGUUGUCGGACCGAGGUUACGACCCGUUGUAUUGCGCGACGACGUGUUGUACGCGGACAAGUACGUCAUCCGAGGCGGGUACCUCGAAAUCGUGGGCAUUCCCACAGACACGGCAUUCGUGGUGAGCGGCUUGCCUACUUUCAAUGCUGAUCGCACGCCUCACCGCGCCCUGCUUCACUUUCGAUUUGGGUGGAGCCAAGGCGCGCGUGGCGAAGCCGCUUUAGGAUCGGUCGGGUACGUAGAGCCUCCUUUCCUCGACGAGUCGACGACGCCGCCGGAUUGGAUCAGCGUCAAGGUGAACGGCCAAUUGCACGGACUGCCGUACGCAGCCCGGAACGGCGAUAGAAUCAUCCUUCGAAUCGUCGCUCCGAGUGGGCAAGACCAGAGUAGAAUUGUGCGGAUGACUAUUGGUGACGUAGUGGCGAACGUGAUCGUCACCACCGCCCAAGUGUCUCCGCCACCGUCGUAUCACUCGUAUGAGCCGCCGAUGCCACCGAUGGUGUCUCCGCCGCCGCCGCGGCAAAUACGUCCGCCGCCGCCACCGAAACCACCCAUUCACGCACCGCCAUGGCCGUCCAUGCCGCCGAUGCCGGUUGCGGAUCAGGAUGCGUCUUACUAUGACACGCCGACGCCGACGCCGACGCCAGAUCAGGAUGCGUCUUACUAUGACACGCCGACGCCGACGCCGACGCCGACGCCGACGCCAGAUCAGGAUACGUCUUACUAUGACACGCCGACACCGACGCCGACGCCGACGCCAGAUCAGGAUACGUCUUACUAUGACACGCCGACGCCGACGCCGACGCCGACGCCAGAUCAGGAUACGUCUUACUAUGACACGCCGACACCGACGCCGACGCCGACGCCGACGCCAGAUCAGGAUACGUCUUACUACGACACGCCGACGCCGACGCCAGUGCCACUGCCGGAAUCAUCUUCGCCUCCGCCUUCGCCACCACCUCCGAAUCUACCGCCACCUGAUUCAGCGCCGAGUCCACCGCCGAAUCCGCCGCCGCUACUUCACGAUCCGCCAGCUCCUGCACCACCGCCGGCGCCUCCGUCACCUCCGACAAUGGUUGAGAUGAGGAACGUCACCUUGGAUGCUGGACAGAACGCGGUGAUGUUCUUGGUCCCACAAACGAUCUCAACUCUUUCGGCUUCGAAUCAGCCACUGACCCUCAGUUUUAUGGAGAAUCUUGAAGCCUUCGAGGCUCCAUCAGGCGGACAGUACGAGUUGCCGACUUGGACGCGCGUGUAUCUCAACGGAGAAUUGCAGAGUUCCGGCAAUAUCCAUGUGAACAAUGAAGAUCGCUUGCAGCUUUACAUCGAUGCAUCGCCCGCCCACGGGUUCAGGCGAACGGCGUAUCUGAGCUACGGUCACAAGCAAUUUAUCCUGGAUGUCCAGACGACACCGUUGUCACCACCACCGCCAAGUCCUCCGCCAUCUUCGCCACAAGCUCCGCCAAUACCGAUUGAAAUUAGUCUCCAAGCGAUCGCGAACCAUGCGCCGCGUGUGUGCAGUGCUAAAGAGCAGUACGAAUGGCAGCACACUUUGGCGCACAAUCGCUCAAGCUUGCCGGUGAACUCGUGGUGCGCUCGCAACUUGGCGUCUGGUUCUCCGUUCACUGCUCCGCUGUGCUCGACAGUCAACGGGCGAGACAUCCUCAUCUUGGUCGACGCUAGCACGAACAUCGGCCGGGAGUUGUUCUACAGCAAGGUGAUCGACAUGUUACACGACAUGUAUUGCACCAUCGAGGGCACUGGAUCCAAGGUGGGCGUUCUCUUGCUUCCGGGCACGGGCAAUCCGUACGUGUGCGAUGCCUACUCAAGCUACAUUCCGUUGAAUCACUACACGAGCGCUGAAUUCCAUGCGCGCUUAGAGCAGAUGCGAGCUGAUCCAGACGCGUGUUGUGGUAAGAGCAUGCCCUUGGCGCAAGGAUUUAAGGCGGCCCGAGCCAUCUUCGAAGAUUACGGUGAGUUCAACGCGACGGAGAGAAGCGUCAUCGUGGUCACUGGAUCGCUCCCGUCCACCUCUGUCGAGGCUGAGACGUGCUUGGCCGUGAGUGUUCCCGAGUAUCGAAACAUGACGAGAGAUUAUCCGUUCAACACGGAGGGAGGUGAAGACAUGACGUCUUGCCAAUACAAGCUUCGAAGCGUCCAGGGCGCGGCGGCUGAACUCAAGCUUCACGGUGCGCGCAUAUCCACCAUCGUCGUACCUGGUGUGAACGGCAUCCCGCCCACGAGCGCGUACUACACGGGUUCUCCGUGGCCUGCGGCGUGCGCAGAUAACGGAAACUGCGAAUUGAGCGCACCCUACGGUGGUGAACGUGGUUCCUGGGGGGCGUGGUACAUGGACAACGCGACGAAUACCUUGGUACGCGAGUACUCCGCCGGCCAGCCGCUCGCGUGUCAGAUGCACGUGCGCCCGCACGUACCCGUCGUGAGCAAACCGGCAUUGAUCAACGCCAUGAGCGUCCACCAGUGGGAUCCAAACGAUUAUAAAGGAGCGAUUGCGAUCGCGAUGUGUCCGAUGCCCAAGUGUUUGUUGCCGUACCACGUGAACUUGACAGUUGUGGAUUGGUGCGAGGGCAGAGAGCUCGGCGAUUGGAACUCCACCAAGGCGUGCGUGUACCAGGCGAAAAACGCGUUCUGUGAUCAUCGUAUGGCUGGAGGUCGUUCCGACGCGUGUUACUCGACCGCGGUCGUCGAUACAUUCGCCACGAGCGUCGUCGAUAACAAAUCAGCCCUGAACACGACGAUCACGUGCACUCCGACGGGUUGCUCGGGUUCAAGCCGCAUGUUCAGAAUCGUGUGCAAAAGCGGCGAGCCCUGCUUCACGUACGAGACCGACGAGGGACGCGUCCACGACGGGUCUCACAACUAUCCCACGUCACAUAGUUACCCCGCAUCGACGCCGAGUCAUUACCCGGCAUACCCAGCGUCGACGCCGGGCUAG